UAAAAUGAAGGAAUUUUUACUUGCUUUGCUUGUCGCGUUUAUUAUGGCAAUGAUUGAAUCUGCAAUUGCUGGAGAGACUGGAGGACCUGAUCAUGGAAUUAAACGCGGUUAUGGCAAUUGGCGUGUUCCACCAAGACCCAACAACUAAAAAAAGUAGAUGUCCUAAUGAAUUAAUAAAACUAACAAAAAACAGUGUCAUGCUAACUAAAGGGAAAGAUAA